AUGUCUUACCAAGGUUACGGUGCUCCCUACGGUCAACCGCCACCGCCGCAAGGUUAUGGUCAAUAUCCUCCGCAGCAACAAUUUGGCGGUUACCAACAACCACCUCCUGGACAAUAUCCUCCUCAGCAGGGCGGAUAUCAACAACCUCACGGUCACUACCCUCCUGGAGGACAUCCUCCACCUCAGCAGCCCUAUGGUGGUUACCAGCAACCUCCUCCCCAGCAGUACGGCGCGCCUCCUGGACCUCCGCAAGGUCACUAUGGAGCUCCUCCUCCCCAACACCAGCAGUAUGGCCACCAUUCGCCUGCACCGCCAGGACCUCCUCCAGGACAAUACGGCGCACCUCCUCCUCAGCAGUAUGGCGCACCAGUCCAGCCUACUCCCCCCUCAGUGGGUUACGGACCACCUCAGAUGAUCCAAUGGGACGCUACAGCCGACGCCGAUGGUUUGCGUAAGGCCAUGAAAGGAUUCGGUACGGACGAGAAGGCAUUGAUUGCCAUUCUCGCAAACAAGGACCCUCUGCAAAUUGAUACUCUUCGACAAACAUACGAGCGCAACCAUCGUCGUAAUCUAAUUGCUGAUAUCCAGAGCGAGACAAGCUCGUGGUUUGAGAAGGCUUUGGUCUCGCUAGCCCGAGGUCCGCUCCUAUCUGAUGUCCAUGCUCUACAUGACGCCAUGACUGGACCUGGAACAAAGGAAGUCGUUCUCAACGAUGUUUUGCUUGGACGUUCAAAUGCGGACAUGAAGGCUAUUAAGAGCGCGUACUACCACACCUUUCACGACAAGCUUGAGGAUAUAGUCAAGGGCGAUUUGAGCAUGAAGACUGAGCGACACUUCUUGAUUGUCCUGGGUGCUACGAGAGCCGAGGACGCUGCGCCAGUCGACCCUCGACAGGUUGAUGACGAUGUCAUGCAAAUCUAUAAAGCAACUGAAGGCAAAAUGGGCACAGAUGAAAUUCUCGUGUGCAGCAUCUUGAGUACAAGAAACGACAACCAAAUUCGUGCCAUUGCACACACCUACAGGCAAAAGUUCAACAAGGACCUCGAAAAGGUCAUCAAGAGCGAGUUCUCUGGUCAUAUGGAGGACGCCCUUCUCUUCCAACUGCGCAACGCCACAGACAAGUACAUGCACGCUGCCAAGCUGCUUGAGGACUCAAUGGCCGGCAUGGGAACAAAGGAUCAUCUCCUUGUGUCACGAACAAUCCGCUACCACUGGGAUCGUAACACCCUGAACAACGUAAAGGGCGCCUACCAGCAACGCUAUGGCAAGAGUCUGGGCAAGCGCAUCUAUGGCGAGACAUCAGGCGACUACCGUAGGACAUUGCUGGCAGCAAUUGGCGAGCCUAACUAA